AUGGCAUCGAUGCCUGUGAGGCCCGAUAGACUGCCUCCUCCAUGUCCCUCCUGGAUCUAUUCCAACAACUCAGACACGCAUACUGCCAAAGAUCGCUGUUGGUUCGGUACAGACUACAUCCCCUUCAGGUCUUAUGUCACGGAUAUAGCUGGAGGCAUGGUCGAAGUCAUUGGGAUGGGAACUGUCAAUCUCACCACCAUGAGCUUGCCAACCCAGACCGAUCUGGAUUCGCAUAGCUCCAUCUGCUUGAAGAACGUUCUCCAUACCCCAGCAAUGCUCUGCAACAUCAUCGGAAGGCCCAUCGAAGACGACUACACUAUCAUAUGCGACUCCAGUGCCCCAGAUAGCUCCGGUUUUAUAUUAAAGAACACCAAUGGUCGCAUUGCAGCCUACUUCAAGCCUAUGGGUGAAGGCCCCAUGCUGUACCAAGUCCAACUUGGCGCGCCUCCACUCGGCCAUGAGUUCGGGAUUUCGCCCUUGUGCUCUAACGGGCGCUACAUGAUUCACGCCUUCUGGUCCCAGCAUGAGCGGCAGAGAUUUGAGGCCUUGAUGGCCUCCGGUCUGAUGCGAGCCUCCGGCGUAGAGCCGCUUACAUGGGCCGAAAACCGUUGGUUGACGAAGAGAUUCAUGUCUGAAUGGGGAAUUGUACUCGCCUACGGGUUGGACUAUAACGUGAAGGAGCAUCGAGAGGAAGGCCGUGCCAUCACGCGAAUUCUUAUGUCCCAUGCGAAAAAUGAACCGAACGUCUGA